UAAAAAGAGCGGGGCCGGAUAAUAAUGGCAUCACAAUAUUGUAUCAACUUAUUGGUGUCUAAAACAAACGGUUUUGUUAUUACUAGCAAUGCUCAACGUUCACGAUGUCGUUUGAUCGGUUCUUCUACACAUAAAACGACCACCAAGCUUAUUUGCCGGUUCAAGUCAUCACUGCCUCAUUCGCUACGAGCUAACAUUGCAAUGCCAACGAAACGAGGCAGCAGUUUCCCAAUCGUAGAUCACCGCCAAUCCAUGGUAAUUCCUUUUGAAGUAGAUGUUACCGAUAGGAUUGACAUACUAAAGAAAAGAACAAGAGAGCUUUUGAUGACGACUUCAAAUCCCACAACGACGUUGAACCUAAUCGAAACUAUGCAGAGAUUGGGUAUCGGUUAUAGUUUUGAAGACGAAAUAGAGAAAAUACUUGAAAAUCUUGUUGAAGGUCCGGUUGAGGAGGAUUUAUAUACAACGGCGCUAAGGUUUCGCCUUCGUCGACAACAAGGCCUUUUUACUAAUCCUGAUGUUUUCACACGAUUCAUGGAUCCAAAUGGGAGGUUUAUAGAGUCAUUGAGCGAAGAUGUAGAGGGAUUGCUGAGUUUAUAUGAAGCUUCAUACUUGGGCGCAAUUGGGGAAGAUGUGUUAUCACAAGCCAAGGAAUUUACUACUACCCACCUCAAGCAGAAAUCAGUUUCACAAUUAAGCCCGAAGCUUCAUCAAAAGAUUCAACACGGUUUAGAGCUACCAAAGCACAUGAGAAUGGCUCGACUAGAAGCAAAAAGAUAUAUUGAAAAAUAUGGCAACGAAACCGAUCACAUCCCUAUGUUACUAGAACUUGCAAAGUUGGAUUACAAUCAAGUCCAGUCUCUCCACCAGACGGAACUAGCUGAGAUAACCAGGUGGUGGACACAUUUGGGUCUAACUUCUAAGCUUACAUUUGGCCGAGAUCGCCCUCUUGAGUGCUUUUUGUGGACAGUUGGGAUCUUGCCUGACCCAAAAUACUCCUUUUGCAGAAUUGAGCUAGCUAAAACCAUAUCCAUGGUGUUGGUCAUAGAUGACAUAUUUGACACUUAUGGCCCAUAUGAUGAUCUUGUCCUUUUCACCAAAGCGAUUCAAAGAUGGGAUUUAGAUGAAACAGAACAACUUCCAGAGUACAUGAAAAUAUGUUACAUGGCAUUGUAUAAUACCACGAACGAAAUUGGUUACGAGGUCCUAAAAAGACACGGGUUAAGCAUCUUGCCAUUUCUUCGUAAGACGUGGAUUGACAUGAUUGAAGCCUUCAUGGUAGAAGCUGAAUGGGUAAAAAGUGGAACUACACCUUCUCUAAAAGACUACAUUGAGAAUGGGAUUAAAACAGCAGGGACAUACAUGGCCCUUGUGCAUAUAUUUUUUCUCAUAGGAGAAGGGGUUACAGUCGAAAAUAUGAAUAGUCUUCUUGAUCCAUACCCUGGUUUCUUCUUCACUGCAGGUUCCAUUCUUCGUCUUUGGGAUGAUCUCGGCACCUCCAAGGAGGAACAAGAUAGAGGGGAUGUAGCAUCAAGCAUCCAAUUGUUCAUGAAAGAGAACAACAUAACAUGUGAAGAGGAAGGACGAAAUCAGAUCUUGCAACUUAUCGAAAAUUCGUGGAAAGAACUGAAUCUGGAGCUAGUCGUGACCAACAAAUUAUUUCCCCAUUCGAUAAUCAACGUUGCCCACAACAUGUCAAGAACUGCUCAAGUUGUUUAUCAACAUGAUGAUGAUAGUUAUUUCUCAAGUGUAGAUAACCAUGUAAGAAAUCUUUUCUUCGACCCCAUAGAUAUCUAAGCUAGCUAAUUAGCUUUUUAUUCUAACCAUAUAUGGAGUAUUCAAGGAAAUGGAGUGAUCGACUAACAACAUACAAGGAGCAUGCACUAAAUAGCAGAUUUAAAGAUUUUGUAUUCUUUUAAUCCUUUUGUUAAUUAGCUGCCUAUAUAUGGGUUUGUGUUAAUUUGUUCGAUAAAUUUCACAUUGAUGUGUAGUGUAUGUAAUGUAAUACCAUUGGCCGGUGCUCCACCUAGCUUGGAGCCUUGCAUUUGUAACGCUGUUGAUUAAUAAUUAAAUAUCUAUAUUUAUAUAGAGAAUAUUUCAAA